AUUUGUUUUCACCCGCCAAUUUCCUUGACCCACCACACACUACGGUCACCUUUCCACCACCGUCGACCUCCAACCCCAGUCCUUCCUUUCACCUCGCUUUCACUAGCUUUCACUCUACAAUCUACCUGCACAGUGCAUCCGCUGUGCGUUUGCGCUUCCCAAAUUGUCGAUUUUCACUUUUCACCUUUCACCUUUCACUUCAGGUACGUCAGUCUGCCCACAAAAACAAAGUUCUCGGACAACUCUACACACUUACUAUCACACAUCAGCCUGCAAGGAAGACCUCUAGCAACAACCAAAAUGCCGACUUUCCAUUCCUCCUCAGUCGGCGGUCGCAACGAGAAGCCGGACGACAUGCUUACUGAGGAGAACCUCACGAAGUCGCAGAAGAAGCGUCGUCAGAAACGCGCCCGCGAACGCGCCCGUAAGGAGGCCUCCGGUGCCAACAGUUCAUUCGCUUGCUUAACCUUCAACACCAGGGCUAUGUCUUCUGAUGAGUCUGACUCUAUCACUGCGUUGCCAUCUUCGCACCCCCAGCCAGCUACGUUUGACGAGCGCUUGCUUCUACCUCCGUCGUCUCUCACAAGCACUUCGGACCCUUCUCUCCCUCUGAAGAAUGUGCUGCUCACCGAGAAUGUUCGCGAUUCGACUGAGAUGCUUCUCCCGUCGACCUACCAGGACCAGGACGUCGAGACCACCAACCGCACUUCGGCAGCUGGUGACGACACAGCACGCCCGUCGCUCGGCAAACGCUUCGCACGGAAGGCCUCCGAGUAUUUUUCCCGCGUCAAGCCCGUUUCGAACAUAAAGGUUUCUACUGAUAGCGUCCCGAAUUCCAGCCUGCUAUGUAGCGGUAAUGUCGGCGGCAGCAGCAGCAGCGGUGCAGGCUCCAUCCACCCUCUAUCAGGCUUCCCGGUCAACCCACAGACGGGCUGGCCUCGUCGCACUACAUCGCUGCGCGCCCGCUCGAGCACCACGUCCAGCGCGCCGCAGUCCAUUGACAUCAUCGACGCCAUCACGCGUCUCAACCCCGAGACCGGCCAGCUGGAGGACGGCGGUCCGUCCACCACCGGCGGCCACCAGAACCAGCGUAAGCCUCGCGUCCAGAAGAGCCAUAGCUCGGAGUCCCUCGGACUCAUGGAAGCCCUCACGCAGCUCAAUCCGAAAACCGGCCUCAUUGAUAGAGGACCUCGCCCACGCGUCCCCCUCGUUGCCCCUACUAACACUAGCAGCGCUGUUGCCGUUCCUACGAACCGUCCUCAGCAGAACCCUCUCGACCUGGCCAUCGCGGCUAAGGUGUCCGAGCGCGUAGCUAUCGAUGCGAAUAUUGAUGCACGCUGUCAGCGUAAUGCAGCUAUCGAUGAGACGCUCAACAGCCUCGCCAGCCUGCGCGCUGAUGUCGUUAGGAUGGUGACGACGGAGGAGCAGAGCGCGGAUCGUGACGCCGAGCUGUUGAAGAAGCGCGAGCAGUCUGCUGCGCUGAUGCAGCAGGUCCAUGGUAUGAUGAGCAACAUUAACGAAGUCAGCGAAGGUGUUGAAGAAGUCGCCACGACUCCGACGAAGAAGUCGACGAAGAAGCCAUCGAAGGGAAAGAUGAAGGCUGAGGUUGAGCACGAAGACAGCGAGGAUAGCAUGCAGAUGCACCCGGGCUUCGGUCCUGCUGCUUCUACUGCUGCUGCGGUUCCGGGUCCUCGCCAGCUGCUGCCCGCCUUCCCUUCUCCGGUUUACACUCACGCCACGCCGACGACGGGCUCGGCGGCGCUGCCCCGUCGCCACCGCCGCAACCAGCAUUCCCACCGUACUCCGGUCGUGAACUCCGCGCUGCCCGUGCGCAUGGUGCCCCGCGACUUGGCGGUUGUGGAGCUGAGGCGUGGACGCGUUGUUGCGCGUGACGUGGUUGGCACGGCCAUGGUCGCGGAGAAGGACGAGUAAGGUGAGGGAGAGAAGAAGUAGA